AUGCCCACACAGGAUCUGUAUGUCCAGAUGUCCACCCCCCGACCCCAAUCAAGCGAUUUUUACAAUUUAGGCGUAAAAUUAGCUACAUUUCGCUGA